GCCCCAGACACCCACAGCUAGCGCUUCUGCACUAGCUUGAGCAGUGCUCCCACCCUCUCCACGCACCACAAUACAACCUCGCGUGCUUGAGGAUCCGUCCAGAGCUCCAGGUAUAUAGCGAUCCAGUUAUCUUGCUCGGAAUCGCUGUAAUCCCGAUGAAAACGGCAUCGACUCCUGUUGCCCAACCGGCAGGCGGCACGAAACCCGUAUCGGCCGCUGGAAUUACACAGCAAGAAACACAACACGACCAACUGCAACAGACAACAACAACCGCAGAGGAAUACAAUGGUGAAGGCAUGACCACGCUCUGGCCCGACAGCCGAUGCUACCUGCGCAACCUCGUGCUAGGUCGCGAAUGCCGCAACGUGUUCAACCUCGAGCCCAACACAAUUUUUCUCAACCAGAACGCUUACGGCGUGGCUCCCAAGCCCGUAAUGCAAGCACAGGCUCACUUUGUUAACAAGAUGGAGAUGAACCCCGACCGCUUCAUGCGCCGCGAGGUGCCCGUGAUGCUACGUCAGGCGGCGUCGCACCUCGCUCGCUUUAUCCACGCCGACGCAGAAGACCUUGUCUUCGUGACCAACGCUACGACUGGUAUGAAUGCCGUGCUGCAAUCGCUGGACUUGCAGAAUGACGACGAAGUCUUGUGUCUCAACCUCACAUACUCGGCGGUGCUCAACACGCUGCGCCAUCUUUGUUACUGCACGCAGGAGUUUGUCGAGCUCAAAGUGGUGGACGUUGUGCUGCCUAUAGAGAGCUACGACGCGUUAGUCCAGCAGGUAGCUGAUGCGAUCACGCCCAACACUCGACUGGCGGUGCUGGACCACAUUGCCAGCACCACCGGUUUCGUGCUGCCGUUGGAGAAGCUUAUCCCGAUUUUCCAUGCGCGGAAUAUUCCCGUGCUGGUGGACGGCGCCAGCGCACCCGGCCAGCUGCCGCUCAACCUCAACAAACUGGGUGCUGACUUCUACGUGGGUACAGCGUACAAAUGGCUAUUCAGCUGCAAGUCCUGUUCGUUCUUGCAUGUGGGCAAGUCAUACCAAAACACGGUACGCCCCGUAGUGACGUCUCUAGCGUACGGCCAGGGUUUUGUCGAAGAGUUCGCGAUCCAGGGCACGCGAGAUGAAGCCAACUUUCUCACAAUCGUGUCGUCACUGGACUUUUACGAAAGUGUGGGCGUGAGUCGCGUGUACGCGCACAACAAGUCGCUGAUCGACUGGGCUGGCGAGUACCUGGCCACGACGUGGAAGACGAACAUCUUGUUGCCGUCGUGGCAGCGCGCUCCGUUCGUAUGUAACGUGCGCAUUCCCGUGGAAUGGCCAACGAAUUCGGACAGUGCUCCACUGUCGCAUGACGAAGCGCUGCCUCUGUGCGACGCCAUCAUGGACUUCCUGGACGACCAAUACCGUAUCGUGGUGCGUGUGGUGCCAUUUCAAAAUCAGCUCUACGCACGCAUUAGUGCGCAGAUAUACAACGAGCGUAAGGACUACGAGCAGCUGGGCCAGGCAAUGCUGGAAGUGACGAACACACCAACUCUAGGCGACUAUCUCGCGCGGAUGCGAAUCUAA